AUGCAGUGGAAGAGCCUUAUCCUCGCCGCUGCGGCGAUCCCGCAGCAAGUCUCAGCUCAGUAUGCCCAGGCCGCGAUGAUGCGGUUCCAGUGCUCCAGGCUGGUUGUUGAGCGUGUAGAUCCCCUCGUGUCUCCGGGUCUCAUUCAAUCGCCACAUAUCCACCAAGUCGUCGGUGGUGAUUCGUUCAACGCAACCAUGGCUCCGGUCGACUACGAUCUCCCCUCCGAGUCGACAUGCACAACCUGUUCGUUUAGCGAAGAUUUCUCCAACUACUGGACUGCCAACUUGUACUUCAAGGCCCGCAACGGAACGUACAAGCGGGUGAAGCAAAUGGUCAACCUUGGUCUUGAAGGUGAAGAGGGUAUGACCAUCUACUACAUCCCUCCGUACGACGGCCACACUAAGGUCACUGCCUUCAAGCCGGGUUUCCGAAUGCUCGUCGGCGAAGCCAUGCUCCGUACCGCGCAGGGACAACAGAAACAACUUUGCCACAGAUGUUACACCACCGUUUCCCAGUCUCCAUUCGGAGGUGCGCCGUGCGCCGAUGCCACCAUGGAUAGUGCUGCGCUGCCAGCCAAAACUUGCGCAGGUGGAAUCCGCGCGACCAUUACUUUCCCAACAUGCUGGGACGGCAAGAACCUCGACAGCCCCGACCACAAGAGCCACGUGGCGUACCCCCAGAGCGGUAGCUUCGAAUCGACCGGGGCGUGCCCGUCGACACACCCCGUCCGUCUACCUCAAGUUAUGUACGAGGUGAUGUGGGACACACGCGAGUUCAACGACCCAUCGAUCUGGCCUGAAGACGGCAGCCAGCCGUUCGUUUACUCGAUGAACGACCAGACUGGUUACGGCUGGCACGGCGACUACGUGUUUGGUUGGAAAGGCGAUGCCCUACAGCGCGCCCUCGACGCCCGCUGCUCAAACGACAAGUGCUCCCAGCUCCAGACUCAGACCCCAGCGCAAGCCACUGCCUGCAAGAAGCAGCAGACCAUCAAAGAAGAUGUUGAUGGCUGGUUGACCGAACUGCCGUCCGUAACUAUGUAA